CUAAGGCACCCCCUCUCACCCUCCUCCCACCCAGUGUCACCAGCCUGGCGCCUCGGUGAGAAAGUUCCACUGCAAGAGGCCCCUUAGGCAUUAUCAUUUCCCUCUUUCACCCUGUGGAGGUUGUCAGCAAAUCCCAAGAGCCUUCCGCGACUGAGCCUGGACCCGGGGGUCCCUCCAACAUGGGAAAAAUGAAGAAUUCCUGCGUCAUCGUAAUGAGGCUGCUGCUGUCUGGACCCUUUUUCUUUGCUCCGGCCUCCAGCUACAACUUGGAUGUGCAGAAUGUGCAGCACUUUUCCACCCCACACGCUGGGAGGCACUUUGGGUACCGCGUCCUGCAGGUUGGAAAUGGGGUUAUUGUGGGAGCUCCAGGUGAGGGGAACAUCACAGGAAGCCUCUAUCAGUGCCAACCGAGCAGUGGACACUGUGAGCCAGUCAGCCUGGGAGGUUCCAACUAUACCUCCAAGUACUUGGGAAUGACCUUGGUGAUAGACCCCUCAGGUGGAAGCCUUUUGGCCUGUGACCCUGGGUUGUCUCGGACAUGUGACCAGAAUUCCUAUCUGAGUGGCCUAUGUUACCUCUUUCCCCCAAGUCUAGGGGAACCUGUGCUACAAGGGCAUCCUGGUUAUCAGGAAUGUAUAAAAGGUAAUGUGGACCUGGUGUUCCUGUUUGAUGGCUCAGGGAGUUUGCAACAAGAUGAAUUUCAGAAAAUUGUGGACUUCAUGAAGGAUGUGAUGAGGAAACUCAGCAACUCUUCCUACCAGUUUGCUGCCGUUCAGUUUUCCACAAAUUACCAUACAGAAUUUAAUUUCUUGGAUUAUGUGAGACUAAAGGACCCUGAUGUGUUAUUAGCCCAUGUGAGACACAUGUUCGAGUUGACCAACACCUUUGGUGCCAUCAACUAUGUCGCGACACAGGUGUUCCAGAAAGAGCAGGGGGCCCGCCCAGAUGCCACCAAAGUGCUCAUCAUCAUCACCGAUGGGGAGGCUACUGACUUUGCCAACAUUGACAAGGCCAAAGACAUCAUCCGCUAUGUCAUUGGGAUUGGAAAGCACUUCCAGACCAAGAAAACUCAGGAGACCCUCCACAAAUUUGCCUCAAACCCCACAAAGGAGUUUGUAAAGAUUCUGAACACAUUUGAGAAGCUCAAAGAUCUAUUUACUGAGCUGCAAAAGAAGAUCUAUGACAUCGAGGGCACAAACCAGCAGGACCUGACAUCCUUCAACAUGGAGCUGUCCUCCAGUGGGAUCAGCGCAGACCUCAGCAAGGGCCAUGCAGUUGUGGGGGCAGUUGGAGCCAAGGACUGGGCUGGAGGCUUUCUAGACCUGAAGGCUGACUUGCAGGAUGACAUAUUUGUUGGAAAUGAACCAUUGACACCAGAAGUGAGAGCAGGAUAUUUGGGUUACACUGUGACCUGGCUGCCCUCCCGGGGGCCCACAUCACUGCUGGCUGCUGGAGCCCCUCGAUAUCAGCAUGUGGGGCGAGUACUACUGUUUCAAGAAUCAAAGGACAGAGGACACUGGAGCCAGGUGCAGAAAAUAAAUGGGACCCAGAUUGGCUCUUAUUUUGGUGGGGAGCUAUGUGGCAUUGACAUGAACCAAGAUGGGGAGACAGAGUUGCUGCUGAUUGGAGCCCCCCUGUUCUAUGGGGAGCAGAGAGGUGGCCGGGUGUUUAUCUACCAGAAAAAAAAGCUGGAGUUUGAAAUGGUCUCAGAACUUCAGGGAGAUCCUGGUUACCCGCUUGGGCAGUUUGGAGCCACCAUUGCUGCCUUGACCGACAUUAAUGGGGAUGGGCUGAUGGAUGUGGCUGUGGGAGCCCCUCUGGAGGAGCAGGGGGCUGUUUACAUCUUCAAUGGGAGGAACAGUGGACUCAGCUCCCAGCCGAGUCAGCGUAUAGCAGGGUCCCAGAUGUUCUCAGGAAUUCGUUGGUUUGGACGCUCCAUUCAUGGGGUGAAGGACCUUGGAGGGGAUGGCCUGGCAGAUGUGGCUGUGGGGGCUGAGGGCCAGGUGAUUGUGCUGCGCUCCCGGCCUGUGGUAGACGUUAUCACUGUGAUAUCCUUCUCCCCGGCGGAGAUCCCAGUGCACGAAGUGGAGUGCUCCUACUCAGCAAGUCACAAGAAGAAGGAAGGUGUCAACAUCACAGUCUGCUUUCAGCUCAAGUCUCUCAUUCCCAAGUUCCAGGGUCCCCUGGUUGCCAAUCUCACCUACAUUCUGCAGCUCGAUGGCCACAGGACCAGGAGCCGGGGUUUGUUCCCAGGAGGGAAACCUGAACUCACUGGGAACACAUUGGUUACCCCAGCCAAGUCCUGCAUGGACUUCUGGUUUCACUUCCCGGUGUGCAUUCAAGACCUUAUCUCCCCCAUCAAUGUCUCCCUGAAUUUCUCUCUUUGGGAAGAAGAAGGGACACAGAGGAAUCAAAGUGUGCAGGACAAGGACUUGCAGCCCAUUCUGAGACCCACCCCACACUCUGAGACCAAGGAGAUCCCUUUUGAGAAAAACUGCGGGGAGGACAAGAAGUGUGAGGCUAACCUGGAGCUGUCCUCUGCUGACAGACCCACAGUCCUGCGUCUGACGCCGUCUGCCAGUCUGACUGUGGGGUGGACACUGAAUAACUCGGGAGAAGAUGCUUACUGGGUCCAGCUGAACCUGAGCUUCCCCAGGGGACUCUCCUUCCGGAAGGUGAAGGUGCUCAAGCCGCACAGCCAGAUGCCUGUGAGUUGUGAGGAGCUUCCCGAGGAAUCCAGACUCCUGACCAGGACCCUUUUGUGCAACGUGAGCUCUCCCAUCUUCAAAGCAGGCAGCUCGGUUGGUAUCCAGGUGAUGUUUAAUACGCUGCUGAACAGCUCCUGGGAGGACUUUGUUGAGCUGCACGCCACUGUGAACUGUGAGAAUGAGGACCCGCUCCUCCUGGAGGACAACUCGGCCACCACCAGCAUCCCUGUCAUGUACCCCGUCAACGUGCUCAUCAAGGACCAGGAAAACUCCACACUGUAUGUCAGUUUCACCCCCAAAGGUCCCAAGAUUCACCAAGUCAAGCACAUCUACCAGGUGAGGAUCCAGCCUUCUGUUCAUGAUCACAACAUGCCAACCCUAGAGGCCUUGGUUGGAGUGCCACAGCCUCACAGCGAGGGGCCCAUCACACACCAGUGGCACGUGCAGAUGGAUCCUCCUGUCUCCUGCCAUCGUGAGGAACUGAGAAAGUUACCCAGUGCAGCUGAGCCUUGUCUCCCAGGAGUCCAGUUCCACUGCCCAUUUGUCUUCAGUCAGGAGAUCCUCGUCCAUGUUACCGGGACCGUGGAGCUGGUGGGCGAGAUUGAGGCCUCUACCACGUUCAGCCUCUGCAGCUCGCUCUCCAUCUCCUUCAAUAGCAGCAAGCACUUCCACCUGUAUGGCAGCAAUGGCUCCAUGGCCCAGGUCCUCAUGAAGGUCGACGUGGUUUACGAAAAGGAGAUGCUCUAUCUGUAUGUGCUGAGUGGCAUUGGAGGGCUGCUACUACUGCUACUAAUUUUCGCAGCGUUAUACAAGGUUGGAUUCUUCAAACGGAACCUGAAGGAGAAGAUGGAAGCUGAUGGAAAUGUUCCAAAUGGAAUCGCUGGAGAAGACUCUGGAGAAGCAUCUCAGGAAAAGUCCAUGGAUCUGGAUUGUUUAGAGCCCCUCCAGGGAGAGGAGGCCCAGGAUGGAGGUGACAAGGACUGAGGUCCAGGCUUGAUGCACAGAGGACCCAGAACUGGACUUAAGAUGCCUGGGGCUAGUCAGCCUCUGCCUGCAUUGCAGGCCUCAGUUUCCUGGUUUUGAGCAUGGAUCUCAUUCCCGCCUGUCUCUUCUGCAGAUUCACGGUGAGAAUCUACAGAGGUGAGGCCUUGUGGUCCUCAGAUAGUCCUGGCUCCCACCAGCCUGUCUUAGUUUUCUCCCCUGGAAGAGAAUAUCUAAUUUAAAUUGAAAUUUAAAUUUGAACCGCAGUCUCAGAACCUAGUGAUACUCUGGCCUUCUCCUUUGCCCUUGAAUGUCCAGAGGCCUCGGAUUCCCAGAACUUGCCCCUAUACUCUCUCCUUCUAGUGUUAGUCCCCCCCAUUCUGUUGCCAGAGAGCAAAUGUGAUCCGUGUAACUGCAUUGCUAUAGCAAAUGACAAAGACCACCUUCCUUAAGAAGACUUUCAAGAUCUUGCAGAAUUGGGUCCCUACAGUUCUGGAGAUGUCCUACCUCCCUUUCUAGGGCUUUCUAGGCUUCUGUUAUUCCAGCCUUUCUUGGCUGCCAAACUCCUUCCUCUCUUGCUGCAUCUGCCCAGACAGCCCCCUGUGCCUGGAACAUUCCUACCCUUCAGAUCUCUGCCUACUUGUCAUUUCCUCAAGGCAGCCCCCAUCCUGGCUCAAUCCAGCUCUACAUUGUCCACACUUACACCGGUCUGAACCUGUUCCUUAUCCCCCAGGUUGUAUGUGUUCACUGCUUAAUGAUUUAUUUAAUUUCAAUCUCUCAAAUAGUGAACUCCAUGAAUGUAAGGAGUGCGUAACUGUCCCCGUUCACCUUAGAAUCACUGAUGCUAUCUCAGGAUAGGGCACAGCAGGUGUUUGUCACAAUUUCAUUAAAUUCAUGAUGGAACCUAUGGAAAGAUACAGAAAAUGUUUAGACAGGCCCUUGGGAACCCUGUCAAGGCUCAGCCUUCACAGGUUCUGCCCCUCUCCUGGUUCCACAGUGCCUGCUCAGAGGAAAGCCAAGCUCAAAAUGGAAUGGGUUCCACUGGUGUCUUGCCACCAAGCACAGUGCCUGUACAUAUUUGCCCAGUAAAUGUGAGAUUCGGUCCAGUUUUGUCAUGUUUUUGUGCUGGUGCAACAUUCCGGACUGGUUCAAUUAGAUAAACAUUCCCCUUUCAACCUAAGAGGUUGCAGUUCUCCCUAAGAGGAACCAAAAUGGUCAGCUCUGCCUCUUCCUUCUCUGUGACUCUCUCCUUCUCUCUCUCUCUCUCUCCCCCUCCCUCCUUCUUAUCCUCCCUCUUUUUUUCUUUUACCAUGGUGACCCUUAGAUACUGAUCUGUGCCUGACCUUGUAGGUUUUAUUAAAAAGAGAAGGAGAGGGGCUGGGAUUGUGGUUCAGCGGUAGAGUGCUCCCCUAGCACAAGCAGGACCUGGGUUCAAUCCUCAGCACCACAUAAAAAUAAAGGAAUUGUGUUGUGUCCAUCUACACCUAAAAAAUAAAUAUUUUUUUAAAAAAGGAGAGAGACUGGUGGUGUAGCUCAGUGGUAGAACACUUGUCUAAAAUGCAUGAGGCCCUGGAUUCAAUCCCCAGCACCACAAAGGACAAAGGCGGGGCGGGGGGAAAGACUGAAUCAGAGAAAAGGUAGACAAGGUUAGGGGCAUUUGAUAAUUUAUUAAGAUGGGAGUAUAAUCCAGUAAUAAUGGUGCAUGCCUGUAAUCCCAACUACUUUGGAGGCUAAGACAGGAGGGUCACAAGUUCAAGGCCAGACUGAGCAACAAAGUGAGACCCUGUUUCAAAAUAAACAUUAGAAAAGGACUCAGUGGUAUGUUUGUGCAUGCUUGAGACCUGGGUUCAGUGAUCCCCCACACCUUCCUCAUCUUUUAUUUAGAGCAAGGAUGGAAGAGGUAUGGCCCUCAAGUACCUCCUUUAGAGGAGAAAGAGGGGGCCAGUCAUUGCUAUCUUCCUGUGCUCAAUAGGACCCCAAGGAAAUAUUGAGUGACUAGGAUCAGCUCCUGGUCUAGCACUGGGAAGAGAGAACAUGGUGCAAUAUUUUGGUUCCCCAGGCAGUGACUGCCCCCUUCUGCCUAGAGAAGAUGACAUAAACAUUCCCAAGCCUGGCAUGCAAGACCCAAGAUGGUCAUUCAAAGCCUCCUAGCCUCUCCAACCUCACCACCCAUUCUCCUGGUCAAGCCCCCAAAGAACCUGGGGCUGGCCCAUAAACAAGAUAGCAGAAAGGAAGAACUGAGACCCAUUUUCCCAGAGUGGAGAAAAUGUUUAACUGCCCAGAAUAUCGCAGAACUAAGAACAGCACAUGAAAUGAUCUGUAGGGCUCAUGAAAGGUAAGUCAGGUUCUUUUCAUUCAGUGGGUCUUGAGGGCUUUGUGUCCAGCUCUGUCCUGGGAUCUGAAGAUGUAGUGAUGAAAAUGGCAAAUCUCUGCUCUCAAGAAGUUUGUUCCAGUGGGAAAAUAGUACAGUGACUUCAGGUAGUGAUUAGGGCUAGGAAGAAAAGAAAGCAGGAUAACAGGUUAGGGAGUGAUGCAGAAGGCCAUGGGUGGUCAGGGAAGUAUCUCUGAGGAGGUGAGAUUUUGAGACAUACUUGCACACACACACCCACACAUACACACACACACACACACAAAAAAAAAAAAAAAAAAGAUUGUUUUCAUCGAGUCUGGAACCAAAAAAGCAAGUCUCAUUUCAGGAUGAGAACUGCCAUCAUUUGCAUCUCGGAAUCUCUUCUAACUGGUCCUCCCUACUUGCCUUUCUCUGCCUUUAUGACUUUACACAAAAUGCUCAUUCCACCUCUCCUUUUCCUUUCUUCUUUUUUUUUUAUUUUUUUGUUUUGUUUUGUUUUGAGAUGGGGGUCUCCCUAUAUUUCCCAGGAUGGCCUUGAACUUCUGGACUCAAGUGAUCCUCUCACUUUAGCCUUCCAAAUAGCUGGGACUAUGGGCACACACCACCACACCUGGAUUCUACCUCUUUUCUGUCCGAUACGAUUUUCCUUACUUCAAAGCACUUGAGCUUUCUUCAUUCACUCGAUUCCAUCAGCACUGAGCUUCCUCCUCACUGGGGCCCAUCACGCUGCCUCUGAGCAGGCUUCUCUCCAAACUGUUAGGUCCUGCAAGGAGGAUAAAGCCUCAUUUGUGUCUUAGCAACACCUGCUCCUCCCCAGGGCUGGCACAAGGGGCUGUUCCAUAAGUGUCUAAUUCUGCGGUACUUAAUAUGAGGAUUCUUUUAUGCUUUUAAAACUAUUGAGGAUUCUCCAAAGAACCAUUUUUAUAUGGGUUAUAUCUAUUGUUAUUUAUUAAAUUAGAAGUUAAAAAUGGAAAAAAAAAGUUAAAACAUAAGAACAUCCAAGCCCAUAUUCCACAUGAACCAUCAGAAUAAUGAUAUAUGUCAUUGCAAAUCAUAACUAGAAAAUGCUGUAUUUUCAAGAGAGAGUGAACAAAGAACAUCUUAAUAUUGUUAAGGAAAAUAGUCAAACUUCAGUCAGAUCUGGUUUGAAUUCAGGCUCUGCUGCCUCCUAGAUGUGUCCUUGGGACUUGUUUUUUUCAUCUGUAAAAUGGCAAUAAAAACUAUAUGUAUACUUCA